AUGAGAGUUUUUCUGACAGGAGCAACAGGAGCAAUUGGAAGUUCUAUCUUAGACAAUUUGCUAGCUCAUGGCCAUGAUGUUACAUCAGCAGUGAGGAGUGCUCAGAAAGGAGAAGAAAUAGCUAGCAAAGGUCCUCACUCACACUUUGUGAUUUAUGAGAUUACCCUUGAAACAGCUCAUCAAUUUGAAGAGCUAGCUGCAGGCUUUGAUGCAAUUAUUCACUGUGUAAUGCCAUCAUUUGAUGAAAACGGAGCAAAAUUAGAAGAUCUCUGCGUAGAUACUUUAAUUAGAGUAGGCAGAAAAACAGCUGAAACUAAACCUGUCACUGUUGUUUUUACCUCAGGCUGCUUAGUCAAUGGAAAUACCAAUGGAAUUAUGGAUGAAGAUCAUGAUGAUACAUCUCGCUGUAUUCCAUUUGUAGUUCCAAGAAUAGUAAGAGAAAAAAAAAUUGUUAACGCAAGUUCUGGGAACUUUAGAGGGGUCGUUAUUAGACCUAGUUGGGUAUAUGGGAAAAGCUUUGUUGAUCAAUGGAUUAGAGCUUGUAAGUCCCAUAAUAAAAUUAUUGCGCAUACUGGAAAUAAUCAUAUUCCUUUCAUACAUUAUGAGGAUUUAGCUGAAAUGUAUAGAAUCCUUAUAGAAAAUCAUGCAUUUGGAAUUUUUUAUGCAACUGAGCCUGAAUCUGUGCCACUAGAAACUGUUAUUGAAAAGGUUUCAACUCUUGGAAAUCUCCAUGAAAUAGAAAGAAUUGACAACCCAUGGGCUCAUACUUCAGGACCAUAUGGAUUCUUUAUAUUUGGUCAAAGCGUUGAUCAGCAGAUUGUUUCUAAGAGAUUGAGUGACCUCUAUCAUUUUACUCCAAGACAUAAAUUCCUAGACUGGAUUAAUUCCUAUGCUUUCUAA